ACAUGUUCUUCACAGUGGAUCCAGGGACAGGUUCUUCACAGUGGAUCCAGGACAGGGACAGGACAGGUUCUUCAUAGUGGAUCCAGGACAGGGACAGGACAGGUUCUUCACAGUGGAUCCAGGACAGGGACAGGACAGGUUCUUCACAGUGGAUCCAGGACAGGGACAGGUUCUUCACAGUGGAUCCAGGACAGGGACAGGACAGGUUCUUCACAGUGGAUCCAGGACAGGGACAGGACAGGUUCUUCACAGUGGAUCCAGGACAGGGACAGGUUCUUCACAGUGGAUCCAGGACAGGGACAGGACAGGUUCUUCACAGUGGCUGCUCAAAGUCCAUGAGAAAGCGUCAGGAUUCGUGUCUGGCCCCUGGAGCGUCUCCGAACCCGAAGCUUUCCUCUGGCUGAGAGUCGGACUCUGCUGCAGCGUCUUCCCUCUCGUGGACGGACCUGUGUGUCGACAGAGAUGCGUCACGACUCCUCCAGCAGUCGUCGGAAGGGCAAAGCCCCAAAGCACCGCUCCGAGGUGUCGGCCCCGGGGACCUCCACAGCCCGGUCCCCGAGAAGGAGUGGUUCAGUCGCGCGUCCCGUGACUCCCAAGAAGAGAAGGUUCCGACCAGGCACAAAGGCCUUGAUGGAAAUCCGCAGGUACCAGAAGAGCACGGACCUUCUGCUCAGGAAGGGACCGUUCUCUCGCCUGGUUCGUGAAGUUUGUCAAACUUUCUCCAGAGAAGCUCUCCGAUGGCAGGUUUACGCUAUUCUCGCCCUGCAGGAGGCUGCAGAGGCGUUUCUCGUCCUGCUGUUCUCGGACGCCAACCUGUGUGCGAUCCACGCCAAGCGGGUGACCCUGUUCCCCCGCGACAUUCAGCUGGCCCGGAGGAUCCGCGGUGUGGACACCCUGUGACAACACCUCACAAGUAUCGCAGCAGGAACAAGAUGCUCUCCACCAGUUUAAACCUUUCACCUGUUUUUAGAAACUCUGACCUUUUACCAAAUUUGGGUCUUAACAUUUUAAAGAAAAAAUGUAUUGUAUUUAUCGUAAGUUGGCAAAAUAUCAUCAGAAUGACAAGUUCAGGUCCACUGAGCAGCUUCAGACGUGUUUUAAGAAGAAGGAAAAUUAUCCUGUGCUUUUAUAAAUUUGUUAAUGAUCACUCCUCUGUGAUGUUUCAAUGACGUGUAAAUGUUGCUCCAUACUUCAUAGAAAGUUAUUUUCUUAAUAAAAAGCCAUUUUAUUCCUAUUGAA